GGCCAGGCCUGGACGAUGGGUCCUGAGCGCCUCGGAUCGCAUUGGCCAGCCGGGGUUCCGGGGCCUCUGGUUUCCAGAGUGACACUGUCGAGAGUCUGGGAAUGCGUGGACUUGGCUUUUACUCUGGAAGAGAGACAGCAACUGAACAUUCAUGGAUUGUUACCGCCUAGUUUCAUCAGUCAGGACCUCCAGGUUCUUAGAAUAGUUAAAAAUUUUGAGCGUCUGAACUCUGACUUUGACAGGUAUCUUCUCUUAAUGGAUCUUCAAGAUAGAAAUGAAAAGCUCUUCUAUAGAGUACUAAUGUCUGAUGUUGAAAAAUUCAUGCCUAUUGUGUACACCCCCACUGUGGGUCUCGCUUGCCAACAAUACAGUUUAGUCUUCCGGAAGCCAAGAGGUCUUUUUAUCAGUAUCCAUGACCGAGGGCAUAUUGCUUCCGUUCUAAAUGCAUGGCCAGAAAAUGUUGUUAAGGCGAUUGUGGUAACCGAUGGCGAGCGUAUUCUUGGCUUGGGAGACCUUGGUUGUAACGGAAUGGGCAUCCCUGUGGGUAAAUUGGCAUUGUACACAGCGUGCGGAGGUGUGAAUCCACAGCAGUGCCUGCCUAUCACUCUGGAUGUGGGCACAGAAAAUGAGGAGUUACUCAGUGACCCACUGUACAUUGGACUACGGCAGAGAAGAGUGAGAGGUCCAGACUAUGAUGACUUUUUGGAUGAAUUCAUGGAGGCAGUUUCUUCCAAGUAUGGCAUGAAUUGCCUUAUUCAGUUUGAAGAUUUUGCCAACGUGAAUGCAUUUCGUCUUCUCAACAAGUAUCGAAACCAGUAUUGCACGUUUAAUGAUGAUAUCCAAGGAACAGCAUCUGUUGCAGUUGCAGGUCUCCUUGCAGCUCUUCGAAUAACCAAGAACAAACUAUCUGAUCAAACAAUACUAUUCCAAGGAGCUGGAGAGGCUGCCUUAGGGAUUGCUCACCUGAUUGUUAUGGCCAUGGAGCAGGAAGGUCUACCCAGGGAGAAAGCCAUCAAAAAAAUAUGGCUGGUUGACUCAAAAGGAUUGAUAGUAAAGGGACGCGCUUCCUUAACACCCGAGAAAGAGAAGUUUGCCCACGAACAUAAAGAAAUGAAGAACCUAGAAGCCAUUGUUCAAGAAAUAAAGCCAACUGCCCUCAUAGGAGUUGCUGCCAUUGGCGGCGCCUUCACAGAGCAGAUUCUCAAAGACAUGGCUGCCUGUAAUGAGCGGCCCAUUAUUUUUGCUUUGAGUAAUCCAACCAGCAAAGCAGAAUGUUCCGCAGAGCAGUGCUAUAAGAUAACUCAGGGACGUGCAAUUUUUGCCAGUGGCAGUCCUUUCGAUCCAGUCACUCUUCCGGACGGACGCACCCUGUAUCCUGGCCAGGGCAACAAUUCCUAUGUGUUCCCUGGAGUUGCUCUUGGGGUGGUGGCGUGUGGACUGAGGAACAUCACGGACAAAGUCUUUCUCACUACCGCUGAGGUUAUAUCUCAGCAAGUAUUAGAUAAACACCUCGAAGAAGGACGACUCUAUCCUCCUUUGAAUACUAUUAGAGAUGUUUCGCUGAAAAUUGCAGUAAAGAUUGUGAAUGAUGCAUAUCAGGAGAAGACAGCCACAGUUUACCCUGAACCACAAAACAAAGAAGCAUUUGUCUGCUCUCAGAUGUAUAGCACGGAGUAUGACCAGAUUCUCCCUGACCGUUACACGUGGCCUGAAGAGGUCCAGAAUAUACAGACCAAAGUGGACCAGUAGCGUAAUAGUGGCAGUUUUCAGCCUCAGUAAUGAGCUCUUGAAGAAUUUCCUAAUUUUUAAAGGUUGGGAUCUUUCAUGAUAAUUCAUAAUGUGCUUAGGCUAAGAUCAUUUUAUUUUAACCAUCUAAAAAUUCAUGGAUGAAGAUUAAUAUAAAUUAGGAUAAACGUUAUACUAGGUAGUUCUGCUUCAUUUACCUUUUGGUUAUUUAUGAUUUCUGUCUUAAUUUUUCUGCCCAAAUUCUCCCUGAAUACUGUUGUACCUACUAUUGAGAACUUAAUCUUUUUAUAUAAGAAACUAAUGGGAAGACCAAAAUUAGUAAUAAAUUGAUAUGAUCAGCAUUAAAACUCAUAAUUCUUUUACUGAC